AUGAGGUUACUUUGUUCGACGCAUCGUAAAUUGAAGCAAAAUAGCAAUGAACCACUCAAGGACUUUCCCUUCAGCCAGCCAUUAUUGGAUGAUCAACAAUACCACCAGAAGUCAAACUAUGGCACAAGGCCCCUACACAAAGCACAAAGAGACAAUCACCGUGGAAAAUCAUUCACCAGCCUAGAAGCAGUAAGAGUAGAAGAAGAAGACUACGAAGAAGAAGAAUCAGCUGCAAUCUCUGAGCUCUUCCAUGGCUUCCUUCCCAUAGGUACACUUGGUUCAGACACAGUCAUAACUGAUCCACCAACACCAACAUUCCCCAUCUUGGAUAACAUAACUAAAAAGGAAAGUGGAGUAACAGUGGAUGAACUGAAGUUAAUUAAUUGCGAGUUGGAGACAGUUCUAGAGGUUGAAGGUAAAGAAGAUGGUUUUAAUGAGUCAUCUGGGAGAAAUAGUCAUGUUAGCACUGGGAGAAGCAGUCAUGCUAAAACUAUUACACUUGGUGGCAAGCCAAACAAAAUCACGGAGACCAAUGGGAGUGGUACAAUAAUCUGUUCACUCCAAGGCUGUGUUUCUGGAUCAGCAAAUGAGUUGCCUGAAAUAACAGUGGCAAAGAAGGAACAUCGAGUAUCACUUGGGGAGCUGUUUCAGAGGACAAGCACGGAAGAUAAUUUUUCUGGAGCUAAAUCUGAAAGAGGAGAAAAGCGAACAGAGAAGGAAACUGGUAAAUCUGCUGUGCACUUCAUGAAAAAGAUGCAGAAGAGAAGAAUGUUCCCUGCUUCCUCUCGGAUCUCCAGCGUAGCUGCUACUGGAGGAAAUGCAGAUUCUAAUUCAACAGAGACAAAACUGCACAAGAUCUUACAUAUGUUCCGCAGGAAAGUCCAUCCUGAAAGUUCGACAGGUAUUCAAAAUUACGAAAUGUCCAAAAAAGAGAUCACGUACAACUUCAACUAUGAAGAGGGGUGUGCCAAUGGAGAUCAAUUUUCUCCAGAUGAAGAUAUCAUAAUAAUUCCUCACAGAGCCAUCUCAAAAGUGAGCAUACGAUGCUUCAAGAGCCAGUCUAACCCACCCCAAGUCACACUCAGUGGGAGCGAUUCAAAUGGAAACAGGGAAUGUUGGAUCAAUACCGAUGCAGACUAUAAUAAUAAUUCCUCACAAUGUGGGCAUUACGAUUUUGAAUUUGGUUGUCGUUUUGGUUUGGAUUUUGGUGCGCAUUUCAAAAGGGAAAUUUGUUUAGAUAAUGGCGGAUUUAUCAUGACUAGUCCAUUUAGUCCACUUGCAAAACAUACUAAAAGAAAUCGGUUAACUGGACCUAAUUAUAUCGAUUGGAAAAGGCUACUAGAUAUUGUACUCACAUAUGAAGGGUUCAAUUAUGUGUUUCCUACUCCCCGACCUUCUCCACCUUUGCUUGAGGAUCCUCUUGAGGAGCAUGAAGUUUUUAAGGAGUGGAAUAAAGUAGAUGAGAUGACUAGGUGCUACAUUCUUGCUUCACUUUUGAAUCUGCUCAAAAGUCAUGCUUAA